AUGACGUGUGGCGCUAGCAUUGGCCCCAUUCGAAUCGGCGUCAAGUUCUCCUCUCCCACCACCCCGCCUUUUUUGAGCCAGCUACAGAACCACAAUGUUCCUUCUCUAUCUGUGUCCCCUCACCGGCUGGUCACCGGGAACGAGCCUUCAUUUUCCGACCGCCUCUGCCCCCUUCAGUCCUGA